AUGGCCUACUAUCCAAACCCGUUCGGCGUCCCGUAUAUGAACCAGUUCCACCGAGAGCACGCUGCGUUGGAGCGUCUUGCCUCGGGGGUUGUUUUUGAUCCCGCUCAUGUGGCUGCCGCCAACGUGCCGCAUCCGCCGAAGCGUCGACGCCAAUACGAUGUCGAGAGGGACACUGAAUUCCCCGUUUUCCGCGCAUCUGCAAGCACGAACAACGUGAACACGCCUGAGUUGCGUUGUUUGCCGUUGCUCGAUGUGUCGGUCGAUGUCGAAGUCACGUCGACCAUCUCCCGGACGACCCUGACUCAAACCUUCUCCAACUUCUCCGCUAGCCUCAUCACCGAAGCCAACUACACCUUUCCGCUAUAUGAUGGCGCUGCAAUCACGUCCUUCAGAUUCUCCGUCGGCCAUGAGAAGAUACUCGAGGGAAGAAUCAAGCCGAAGCGUGAGGCUCGGGCGGAAUACAAGCAAGCAGUAGCAGAGCAACGCGUCGCUGCGUUGCUGGAAGAGCACACCCCUGAAGUUUUCGAGACUCAAUUGGGCAAUGUUCCUGCAAAAUCCACUGUCAAAGUCGAGAUACAGUAUGUCAACGAGCUCAAGGCCGAUAUUGGAGGAGAGGGAGUGCUAGUAACGAUCCCAACCUCGGUUGCACCACGAUACGGGUCACCACCGUCGGGGUUUCCUUCGUCCACCACAGCGUUAGGCAAUGCGUCAAAUCAUGGCCUCUCAAUCGCAGUCAACGUUACGAGCUUGGCUCCUAUUCGCAAAUUAGAGAGCCGCACCCAUCCGAUAUCCGUCGAGAUGGGUGCUUCAGCGACUCACAACAACCCAAUACCAACGCCAACCUUUAGUAACUUUGUGAAAGCUGCUUCUAGUGUCGAAUGCCCCCAGACGCCUAUUUUCGACCCUAAUAGAGCUAUAGCAUUGCUUUCUGACUCAUCAGCUACUCUUGGCAAAGACUUUGUCCUCCUGAUUCUAUCCUCAGGGUCGACCCUGAUCAAAUCCCGCGCUGUGAAAGAGGCUCCGAUAGACGACACUAAUGAAUCGGCUAUAAUGGUCACAUUACGUCCGCAGGAUUUGUUCGUCUCAAAGUUUACCUCCGAGACGUCUAAUCGCUUUGAGGGAGAAAUUAUCUUCGUGGCCGAUCGUUCAGGCUCGAUGAUGGGCGAAAAGAUCAACACGCUUCGGGAAGCUUUAGGCGUUUUUCUGAAGAGUCUUCCAGAGAAGGCUUUCUUCAACAUCUACUCCUUUGGUGACAGCUUUUCGUCGCUCUGGGACUCUUCCCAAGAAUACACCCAGCAGAGUCUAGAUGCAGCUAUGCACCAUAUAUCCAACGGCUUCGACGCAAAUAUGGGUGGUACUGAGAUGUUUUCGGCUAUCGUGAGAGCUUUCCAAAGACGAAUUGUGCAAAAGAACUUUACAACUCAGAUCAUCAUCCUCACCGACGGAGAAGUUUGGGGUACAGAGCAGCUGCUUGACUUCGUUGCCGGAUCCAGGCAAAGGUCUAAAGGCGCGGUGCGCUUUUUCUCCCUUGGCAUUGGAGACUCAGUAUCACAUCAGCUGAUUGAAGGCAUUAGCCGUCAAGGUGGAGGGUACGCUGAGGUUGUAGCCGCUGAUGGAAAAGGCAAAUGGGCAGCAAGAGUCAUCCACAUGUUGAAGGGGGCUCUCAUGCCAGCGACCUGGGAUUGCGAGAUUGAGAUCGAUGGCUUGGCAGCAACUUCACCACAGCAACAGAACUUCUCACUCUCACCCCAAAGACCUAGGUACAUCCAAGCACCAUAUCACAUUCCUUCUUUGCAUACAUUUGCUCGCCAAUCAGUUUUCGUGCUUUAUCCCCAACAGGCCAUAGGUGAUCCGCGGACGGUCAUCAUAAGGGCAACGGCCGCGUCUGGCGAGAUCAUCACUACGCACCUCGAUAUCGAGCAGAUACCUAUCGGCACCAAUGCCAUUCAUCAUCUUGCCGCCAAAGCUUCAAUCUCGGACCUGGAGGCUGCCACGUUCCCACUACCUCUCAAUGCCAAACACGGCCGUAGCUACGACGAUGGACCAAAAUUUUCAAGAUCCCAGGACUUCCUAUUUACCGCUUGCUAG